AUGGGGCCAGGCUGGCUGUUGCCCAUGCUGGUCCUGGUGCUGGAGCUGCCUGGGGGGUCCCUGGCGCAGAAGCAGCUCCCCAGGGAGCCCCACAACCUCAACUGGGACAAGUUUUCAGGGUUCUGGUACAUUGUUGCCAUCGCCUCUGACACCCAGGGGUUGUUGCCGGCCAGAGACAAGAGGAAGCUGGGGGCAUCUUUAGUGAAGGUUCACAAAAUGGACCAGCUGAGGGUGGUCCUUGUCUUUAACCGGUCACAGGGGUGCAAGGCACACUCGCUGAUCCUGCGGAAAGACAGGAAGAGGGCUGUGUUCAGGAACACCUGUGCGUAACCGCUGGGCCCUCGGGAGAGCAAGGGGAAGGUGAAGGGGGUGGCGGGCUUCCACGUUCUGACCUCUGACUACAAGGACAGCGUGGUCUACCUGCGCCUGGGCCGGGCGGGCCAGGCCACCAAGACCCUGCUUCUCCUCAGCAGGCAGAGCACGGCCAGCUUCCUGAGUAUGAGAAGGUUCAUAGACGUGUGUGAGGCUUUGGAGCUCGCCCGCAGUGUGACAGUUCUCCCGAAAGAUGCUUCCUGUGCACACACCAUCCUGCCGUGAGAGUGAGCUGCCACCCACCUGCUCUUCCCUUUGAGGCUCGACUUGUGGUCCACCUAGACCGCAGGAGUGUUGUUCCAAAUUGCAGGCUUUCACAUCCAACUGGUUGUUGAGUGGUGUUUGGGGACCCCAGGCCUCUGAGGAUGUGGAACCUGGGGCCCGUGGCUGUAACCCAGCAGGGUCCUUUACGAUCACUGAGGGAUGGGG